ACGCGCCGGAAGGCGUGUGUGCGCACUGCGUCUCCGCCGUCAAUGCAAAUGAAGUAAGAGGCACAGAGAGUCAAAGCUAAAAUCCGCAUUCAAGACAAGAUGGCCGGGUUGCCCCGCAGGAUCAUUAAGGAAACUCAGCGUUUGUUGGCAGAGCCGGUGCCAGGUAUAAAGGCAGAGCCAGAUGAGGGGAACGCUCGCUACUUCCAUGUGGUCAUCGCCGGACCUCAAGACUCCCCAUUUGAGGGAGGAACUUUUAAACUUGAACUCUUUCUUCCUGAAGAAUAUCCCAUGGCAGCUCCGAAAGUACGCUUCAUGACCAAAAUAUAUCACCCCAAUGUAGACAAGUUGGGAAGAAUAUGUCUAGAUAUUUUGAAAGAUAAGUGGUCUCCAGCCUUGCAGAUCCGCACAGUGCUGCUAUCAAUCCAGGCAUUACUAAGCGCUCCCAACCCCGAUGAUCCUCUAGCAAACGAUGUUGCAGAACAGUGGAAGACUAACGAAGCUCAAGCCAUAGAGACAGCCCGAACAUGGACCAGGCUUUAUGCCGGAAACAAUAUAGAAGUCUAGAAAUGUGUGUGGGGAGACAAAAAAAGGAAGUCAAGAGUGAACACAACUCCAUGUUCUGCCAAGACCUAUUCAUUUUCAUGUAAAGGACACAGUCUUAGGAAACAAAAAAUUAUGAUAAACUGUAAAGAAUAUAUUAACACAAAAGUAAAAAGAAAACUUAAGACAAUUUAUGAUUUAAAUGCACAUUAGUACAACAAAAAAUGUCUUUGUCCUGAUUCACCGCUGUUGAGAUGCAUGGGCAGAUCGACUCGUACAGCUUUCUUUUACAGUGGUUGGGGAGGUAGCCGCAGACUUCUGCUAUGAAGCGUGCAUUAAAACUGAAUGUCAUUUGUCAGUCCCCUUGUUUUUUUUUUUGUGGGAGGGGGGUAACUUUUUAUAUUUCUUUUAACCUUUUUUCUUCUCAUUGCUCUGUGUUAAUGAGGAGCAGCAGACUAGCCCCUGUUUAGAGCACCCUUUCUGUCAAACUGCAGACUCACCCCGUUAGGAAACCUAGGAAAAAUGUAUAGGUUCACUACAACAGAAAA